CCGCUUGUUCACUUUAACUGUUUAGACUACGUUACCCAUGAUGCACCUCGGUAUCUGUACUUCCGGUUGGGAACGUGUUCAGCGCAGUUCUGCACAGAUGAGAGGUGUGUCGGAGGAGUCGGAGGAUUAACGUUUUUCCUUGCAUUCCUGUGUGUGUUGACCCUGUGUGCGUGCUUAUCAUGAGCGUCUCCUUAAAGCGUGCCCAGUCAAUGGAUCCUGGCAUAUAUAUUCACAGAGGACCAGUUGCUGCUGCUGCACAGAGGGAUAUGUCCUUAAAACAUGCUUGGUCAAUGGAUACUGGUAUAUAUUUUCACAGAGGACCAGGUGCUGCUGUUCCACUAAGGGUGAAGCCUGCUGGAGUCCGAUGGUUGAGACCAGGUCUGAGGAAGUAUUCCUGUCAACUCACAAUCGACACAAACACAGUAAGCAAAUGGCUCAAACUGUCUGACGACAACAGGAAGGUGAAAUCGGUGAAGGAGGUUCUGUCAUAUCCUGAUCAUCCAGACAGAUUUGACUAUGAGCCGCAGCUGCUCUGCAGAGAUGGUCUGACUGGUCGCUGUUACUGGGAGGUCGAGUGGAGAGGAGACGUUUAUAUAUCAGUGAGUUACAGAGGAAUCAGAAGAAAAGGAGACAAUGAUGACCAUAGGUUUGGAUGGAAUGAUCAGUCCUGGAGUCUUUACUGCUCUGAUGAUGGUCCUCAGUCUGUCUGGCACAAUAACAGAGAGACAUCCAUCUGCUCCUCCUCCUCCUCCUCUGUCUCUAACAGAGUAGCAGUGUAUGUGGACUGUCCUGCUGGCACUCUGUCCUUCUACAGAGUCUCCUCUGACACUCUGAUCCACCUCCACACCUUCAACACCACAUUCACUGAAACUCUUUAUCCUGGAUUUGGGUUUGACUUUUUACAUCCUGGUUCUGCAGUGUGUCUGUGCUGAGUUGAGGGUAAAGAGUGCCCUCCUGUUAGAGAAACACUCUGACUAUUGAACAGAGAGUUCAAUCUGUACAUGUCUGUCUGUUUCACUCAGAAACACGUUUUCAGAUUCAUGGAUUCAAUGAGUUGAUGUUUAAAACUGUUAUAAAUGAUUCCUUGUAAAAUUAUUCCUUUCCAGUCCUUUAAAGAUGGAAGCUACAGAGGGCUUCCGGUUCAGAGCGCAAUGGACGCAUAGUCAUCGAGCUCUGUUCCAACUGAACUAAAUUACGGCCUCCAGACUCUGAAGUAUUAAGGUCAGCCCUUUCAAAAAGGGAUGAAAAAGGGAAAAUCUAAAAGAGGACAGAAAAAUACGAAUCAGUCGAAGAUUGAGGAGGCAAAGAUCCAAAAAAGAAUGGAACCACAUGACAAGGAAGAUGGCGGCUGCUUGCUAUCUAGCCACCAGUCAGCGUUGCCGGAGUCUGGAGGAGAUGGCGUUAUCCUCCGGGAGAUCACCAAAGUGUCCAAGGAGCUUGGCAGCUUUAAAGAUAAAGUCCAAGAAUCAUUGUUGGGACUCACGGAGGACAUCGGCAAAAAGCUGGCAGACGAGUUGGCAGCUUUUAAACAGGAACUAAACCAAAAGCUACUUGAAUGUGCGGCUACACAGCAGUCACAGGGUAAGGCCAUUGCGGAGGCAGAGGGACGUAUAGCCGAGAUAGAGGAGAGUGGAAUGGUGACGAAAGAGGCCCUACUUGGUCUAUUGAAAGGACAAUGCAAGCUUCGAGAAAAGGUUAUUGACCUGGAGAGCAGAUCCAGGAGGAAUAAUAUUAGGAUUUACGGGGUACCGGAGGAUGCAGAGGGCGAGUCGAUAAUUGCCUUCGCACAAGAUCUGCUUCAGAAAGAAUUGCCCCUACCCGAAGGUUUGCCCCUCCAGAUCCAGCGAGCGCAUAGAGCCCUGUCACGUAAGCCUGGGCCAGAUGCGACACCGAGAUCCAUAAUCAUCAACUUCCUUCAGUUGGAUGUAAAAGAGACGGUCCUUAGGCUUGCCUGGAAGAAAAAAGUGUUGCUGGGAAAUAAGCAGAUUUUUUUUGACCACGACUAUGCCUAUGAAGUCAUGGAGAAACGCAAAUCUUAUACGGGAAUAAAAAAGGCACUAAAAGAGAGGAACAUUCGGUUCCAAACGCCCUUCACGCGGAUUCACAUCCACUGGAGCACCGGCCCACGGACUUACGAGGACGCAGAGGACGCAGCGAAGGAACUGAGAGCACGGGGCAUUGAGGUGGCCCCCACACGCGCAAACCCGGGACCCAGCACCGAAGAGAGAGUACUUAACGCAUUUUCAUGGCAUGGAGUGGAGACGGAGAGGGACAGAGGGCCACGAAUGAAAACUCGUGUCCGACGCAAACUGCGGGAAUAUAGAAGAGACUAUUAAAUAUGAAUGACAAAGAGGAUAAGAGCUAUACUUGCAAGCAAGCAGACUAUAUAAGAAGGUAAUAUGCUAAUUUGGUUUCAUCGCUGUUCAAGUCGGUGCGUUGAUAGUUCAGUUGAACAGAUUUACAAGUUGUUAUAUAUGUUGGACUCAUCUAGUGUAAGUGGGAUGUGCCUGCUGGAUAGUCGCCACAGCACUAGGGAGAGCCCCCAGUGUAUGGUGGGUCCUUUCUCUCCUCUCCCCAACAGGGACUUAAAGGGGUCGAACGAUCCUGAGUAUUUGGAGGCUCUAUUGUUUUUGUGUAUUUAUCUUAGUUUUGUGUUAACAGUGGGGGCACAAUGUUUUACCUCAGUGACAUUUGGAACACAUAUUCAUGGCUCUAUCUGGUGUUAUAAUAAAGCUCAAUGUUAAAGGUACUCUCACUUAAUGUAAAUGGGCUCCAAAGCCCAGCAAAGCAGGGGAAAAUGCUUAGUAAACUGAAAAGAGAGGAUAUUGAUGUGGCAUUUCUACAAGAGACUCAUUUGGUGGGCCUUGAGCACGAGAAACUUAAGAGACAAGGUUUCAAGCAUGCUUAUUAUUCUUCAAAUGGUUUAAGACAUACGAGAGGGGUGGUUAUUUUAAUAUCAGGGAGGGUUAUUUUUGAACAUUUUGCUACAAUUAGGGAUAGAGAAGGCAGAUUUAUCAUGGUACAGGGCAAAUUGGAUGGGGAAUUGAUUACGUUUUAUAAUGUUUAUAUUCCUCCAGGUUCUACAUUUGAUUUCUAUAGGCAAGUAUUCGAGAAAGUAGUGACAGAGGCACAGGGACUACUUGUCUGUGGAGGAGACCUUAAUAUUACACUAAAACCACAUCUGGACGCAUCGGGGAUGAGAAUAUCUCAGUCACAAAAACUAACUAGAAAACUGAACCUUCUGAUAGAGGAGAUGGGAUUGGUGGAUAUUUGGAGGCAUCUUAACUCAACAGUAAGGAAUUAUACUUACUACUCAUCUCCACAUGCAACAUAUUCGAGAAUCGACGAUUUCCUCAGUUUUGGUACUGAUAUGAACAGAAUACAUGAGUGUCAUAUUGGGUCAAUGGACGUUUCCGACCACUGCCCUCUAUAUUUAUCCUUAAAUCUUACUCAAAGGAGAAAAAUAACCAACUGGAAAUUAAACUCUAGUAUAUUGAAUGAAUGGACAUGUGAACAGUUGACAAAAGACAUUGCUGAAUACCUGGAAUUCAAUGAUAAAAAUGAGUUACCCCCACCGAUUUUGUGGGACGCGUGCAAAGCAGCGAUGAGAGGAAAAGUUAUUGCUAUAACCUCUAAUAUUAAAAAAUCCAAAGUUGCAAGAUUCCAGAAGCUGCAGUCGGAACUAUUACAAUUAGAGGUCACACACAAAAACACUAUUGAUACUAAGACAAAAUUAGAAAUGGCAAAGAAGAGAAAUCUAAUUGAUGAGAUAUACACCCAAGACGUACAAACAAAACUAAUGUUGACCAAACAAUUAUGAGGGGGGAGCUAAAUAUAUGAAGCAAUUGGCAUAUAGAUUAAGGAAGCAACAAGCAGACAGAACAAUAUACAGGAUAAGGGAUCCGGAAACCAAAAUGGAAAUGCAGGGUAUAGAGGAAAUUAAGGAUUGCUUUAAGAGAUACUAUGAAAAAUUAUAUUUACAACCACCCACAAACAAUGACGAUCAAAUGGAGAGUUUGCUUGACAUGUUACACCUCCCUAAACUUACAGUAGAAGAAAACAAAUCGUUACUGAAGCAAAUUACAAGGGAAGAACUUCACUUGGCAAUUGCUAAACUCAAGGCAAACAAAUCUCCAGGUACAGAUGGUUUUACUGCGGAGUGGUACACGAAAUUAAGGGAACCUUUGACACCGGUCUUACUUAAAACAUUUAAUUGGGUCCUAAUGAAGGGAGAAGCACCCUCCUCAUGGAAACAAGCCAUAAUUUCUAUUAUACCUAAAGAUGGUAAAGACAAAUUAGAUUGUUCCAAUUAUAGGCCAAUAAGUGUAUUAAAUGUAGAUUACAAGCUGUUUACGUCAAUCAUAGCACGGAGACUUGAAGGGAUCAUCCCAAGGAUAAUAAAUCUAGAUCAAACUGGAUUUGUUAGGUCGCGUCAAACCCAUGAUAGUGUUAAGAGAACUCUGCAAAUUAUUAGACAUAUUAAUUUAAUUAAAAUACCAGCUAUAUUAUUGAGUCUAGAUGCUGAAAAAGUGUUUGACUCUGUGAGAUGGGAAUUUUUAUUCCAAGUAAUGAAUAGAUUUGGGUUUAAUGGGUCUAUCAUUACAAUAUUGAGGGCUUUGUAUAAUAGCAAACUGCAAAGAUAAAGAUCAAUGGUGAACUUUCAGAUGCUUUUAAGCUCGAAAGGUCCACAAGACAGGGAUGCCCACUGAGUCCACUCUUAUUUGCCAUUUUUAUAGAGCCGUUGGCUCAAAGGAUUAGGCAGAAUGAAAAAAUAAAAGGGAUUAAAAUUGCUGGAAGUGAGCACAAAUUGGCCUUGUUCGCAGAUGAUGUUUUGGUUUAUUUAUCACAACCUACUGAAUCAUUUAUGGAGCUUAUGUCAGUGUUAAAGGAGUAUGGGUCCUACUCGGGAUAUAAAUUGAAUAUACAAAAAACACAAGUUCUUAGUAGCUUUUAUAGCCCCCCUCAAAAUUUACUCAGCUAGGCUGGGAUAAAAAAAACAAUCAAAUAUUUGGGCAUUAACUUAUCAAUGGAUAUAAACAGUUUGGAAGAAAUCAACUACCCCCCACUUAAAAAAGAUAUCAUGGUAGAUAUUAGCAGAUGGUCAUUAAUCCCUCACCUAAGCAUUUCUUCUAGAGUAGACACCAUAAAAAUGAAUAUGCUCCCAAAGAUAUUGUACUUAUUUCAGUCUAUUUCUAUAGAAAACCCUGAUAGAUACUUCGUAGAAUGGGAUAGGAUCCUCUCUGGAUUUAUAUGGGCGGGUAAAAAGCCAAGAGUUAAGUUUAAAACACUUCAGCUUCCCAAGGAUAAAGGAGGACUAGGCCUCCCUUGUUUACAUGACUAUUAUAGGGCAACUCAAAUAAGAAAUCUGGUGGGCUGGUGUAAACCGGGAUACUGCUCAAGAUGGAAGGAAGUGGAAUUUUCCUUGGGAGGUAAUUUCCCUGUCGGGGCACUGAUAGGAGAUCCCUCAGAGUUACGACUCCUGGGAGACCCGGGCAACCCUUGAAUAGUAAGCUCAAUAAAGACAUGGAAAAGAGUACUUAAAAAAGUAUCAAUUAAUACAGAGGGCCGGAUUUCUUAGGUGGUUUGCAUACGACUCAGAAUUUUUGCCUAGUAAGACCGACUCGACAUUUAAAACAUGGGCUAAUAAAGGCCUUACCACAUACAGUACUUUGUUGAAAGAUGGAAAAGUGAUGAGUUUCCAGGAUCUUAAGAAUAAGUUUGGGUUGCAAAAUCAAGAUUUUUUUUAGGUAUUUGCAACUGAGGGACUUUCUGAAUAAAAAGCUAAAACAUCCCCAGUUAUCGACUGGGAAUGAAGAAAUUAUUUAUAUAUUCGAGAAUGCAUAUAGAGAUGCACCCUAUCAAAAAAUUAUUUCCAAAUUAUAUUGUUCACUGACCAAUUUAAGGGGUCAUGAUACAAGAUAUGUUAAAGCAAGAUGGGAAAUAGAGGGCAAUCUAUCCCUUACAAGAGAGGAAUGGGAUGGGAUUUGUAGGCAACAGUGGUCGGUAACAAGCUCCCCAUGGUAGAGGGAAUUCAGUUGGAAGAAUGUAAUUCGUUAUUUUAAUACCCCGCCUCAAAAAUCCAAUUAUUCUCAUAACACAACAUUCUGGAGGCAGUGUGGACAUGCAGCAGCAAAUCAUUUCCACAUUUUUUGGGAAUGUCCUCGUGUGGUUCCAUUUUUGAAGGAAAUACAUAAGGUCCUGGAAACAAUCUUCCAAAAGAAAAUACAAUUUUAUUUUGCAGUAAUGUACCUAGGUAAUUUAGAGAGUCUUAAUCUAUGCAAACCAGAUAAAUACUUGUGCAGUGUGCUGUUGGUAGCUGCCAAAAAGGCCAUAACCCGUCAUUGGCUUAAAGAGGAUACUCCUACUAUAAAUGAGUGGAUUGAUGUGAUAUAUACUAUUUUUGUUAUGGAAAGAACAACUUUCAGGCUAAAGUUGCAGGCGGACUCAUUUGAGGAUUACUGGUUGAAAUGGUUGAAAUAUGUACAUAAUGUGAGGCCUGAUUUUGUAUAAUCUCAUUGUAUUUUUUGGUUGUUUGUUAGUUGUUUUGUUUUUUUUUGUUGUUUCUGUUUGUUUGGGUUUUUUUUGUUUACUCUUUGUCUGUUUGGUUUUUUCUGUGUUGUGUUGUUUUGUUUUUGUCUGUUUUUUUUUUCUCCAUGAAUCACUCUUCACAGUUUAGACUUGUGCGGUUGAAGGGAUGGAGACCUUAUCAGUGCAUCUUGACUCUGCUGUGGAUGAAAAUGUAGAGAAAAAGACAUGAAAUGACUUAAACUGAAACAAUAAACAGACUGAGACAAAAUGAUUUCUAACAUUUGAUGAUGAUGGAAGCUGGUGCCUAUCCCAGCUGAACAGUAUUCAUUGAAAAUAUAUUGUCCAGUAUUGACCUGCUCACCAUUUUGUUUCUCUGUGUAAUAUUAUAUAUCCUUUGUUACUCUUCAGCCUUUUCCACGUUUUACCUGCACUCUGAAAUUAAAACAUUCACUGAUUUUAAAAAUCUAAUGCAAAAGCUGAAUUGUGAUUUAAACACGCGCAAAUCUAAUUGCUGAACAGGAUCUUCUGUUAAUCUGAGAAGCUUGUGCCAUCUGUGUAGCAGCUGUUGAUGCCAUUAUUGUUUGUUUCUUUGUGUGUCUUCACAUGUUGUGUUUUAAAAAGGAAAAGGUCUGUAAAUGAGCUGUAGCAGGUCAUUUUUGUAAGUUUUUACCUCUUCCACUACUACCAGGUCAGCUUGGCUCAACAGGUGGUAGUACCUGGUACCAAGUACUGAACUGGGGCUCUUUUGCUUGCUAUUCAAAUGUGUAAACCACUGCACUGGAACAUGUAUCACCCAUAAACUGUAAUAAAUAACUAAAAAAGUAACCCCUUUUAAUGCUGU